CUUAGAGGAGGGGAAAGUCAUGCACAGUCCGCUCGGGAGACUCAGCACACUUAAUCCAGCUGCCUGGGAGGGAGAAAGAGAUCUCAACACAGUCUAAGGGAAGGCAAUUUUCAGCCCUUCUGACUGAUACGCACUCCCCACAUUACCUACCACACGCACACAGGCUUUGACUCACUCACACUACGACGUGACAGGUGGCCUCUGCCCAGAUCAGUAGCUGUGGUAAAACCCAGAGGUUUAAGCUGAGGUUUGGAUCCUCCCAGACUGCCGGAGCGUGAGCAGAGUUAGGAGCUUCACUUUCUUCCUCCCCAGUGCAGAGAAAACGCAUGCCAGACACGAGCCUCUCCACUCCUCCCCUCUUCCACUCUGCCUUUUCCUGGGCUCACGUCCAGAGAAUGACUGGCUCCAGUGGACCCAAGAAGGAGGAACCCAGACUGAAGAUCCAGUACAGCAGCUCCAAUUCUGCCUGCCUGCCUGCCUGCUGGGACACACUAAUGAACUGAGGUUUUACAAAUUAGCUGACACCUUUGUGGGAUCUGAUUUUUUUUUUUUUCUUUUUCUACUUUUUUUUUCCAUUCACCAGAUGAGAAAGAGUGGAUCUAAACUGUGCAUACAGACAGACAGACAGACGGACUGACAUAUGGGCAGAGAGCAGUGAGCACUGCGGCGUGAAUGUAGCAACUGGACUUCUCUUCUCCCUGGUUACUAAGACCAAACAAGGAUAAUAGCCAAAGCACUAUCCUGUCCACCGAGGUUGUGGGUGGAUGCAGCUUUCAGCAGACUGCUAUAGGGGGAAAGCAAAAGCUGUAUAGAGGCUGCAGAGAUACAUUCAGUUGAGCCAGAGGAAGAUAAUGUGAAAAUGGAUCUCCAAGUAGACUCCUGUUAGACUGUUACACCUUAGCCGAUUCCUUUUUCGAACAUCGCUUGCGGGAAGUUACAAAGAAAAGACCUGUGGAGUUUUCUUUUUUCUAGACUUUGCAGCUCUUGCUGGGUGGACCUACAAGCGUUCUAAGUAGAUGAAUGCCUAAUGUGUGUUUCAAUGAUGAUUGCAGCGUGCACAAGGACUGUGUAUCCGUCACUGAUGCUGCUGUAUCUUGUUCUGCUGGGCACGGCUCACACGGCACAAAGCAUCUACCCAAGGAUACGGCUCUCACACAAAGAGCUUUGGCAGCUGAACAGGACUUGGGUGUUCCAGGGACAUGGAGCCUCAUUUCAGCCCCAGACCAUGCUACUGGAUGAAGGCCAUGAGAGGCUUUAUGUUGGUGCCAAGAAUAUUCUGUUCUCCCUUAGCCUGGACCGAGUUAACACACAUCACAGAGAGAUACAUUGGGCCAGUACAGAAUCUCAGAUAGAAGAGUGUAUGAUGAAAGGGAGGGAAAAGUCGGAGUGUGCAAACUACAUCAAGGUCUUGCAGCAGUACAACCAGACCCAUUUACUGGCCUGUGGAACGGGAGCCUUUAACCCCAUCUGUGCCCUGGUCAGAGUGGGACACGCAGGGCAGGACAGAGUGUUUGCUCUCGAGGAGGACAGUGUAAUGAGUGGCAGAGGACGUUGUCCGUAUGAUCCCAACAGUCCGUGCACAUCUACACUAUCCAGAGGAGAGCUCUACAUUGGCCUGUACACUGACUACUGGGAGAACGAUGGCGCCUUGUGUCGACUUAACAACCAGACGUACACACGCACUGAAAGAAACGACAGGCAGCAGCUCAAUGAACCUAAAUUUGUGGGGUCAGCAGUUAUUCCCGACAACGACGACAGAGACGAUGAUAAAGUUUACUUCUUCUUCACCGAGCGAGAGACGGACCCGGAGGGAGCGAACAAGGCUGUCUAUACCCGCGUCGGACGGGUCUGUGCGAACGACCAAGGAGGACAGAGGAUGCUGGUGAACAGAUGGAGCUCCUUCCUGAAAACUCGUCUCAUCUGCUCCGUGGCCGGACCAAAUGGCAUCGAUACACACUUUGAUGAGCUCGAGGACGUGUUCGUGCUCAACAACAAGGACGAGAAGAGCCCGGAAAUCUUUGGCCUCUUUAGCACAACAAGUGCGGUGUUCAAAGGCUAUGCGGUGUGUGUCUAUCACAUGGAUGACAUCAGGGCGGCUUUUAACGGUCAGUUUGCCUACCGAGAGAGACCGGAGCAUCACUGGACACCUUAUGAGGACAGAGUCCCAUACCCCCGCCCCGGAUCUUGUGCCAGUAAAGUGAACGGCGGCGGCUUCUCCAGCUCUAAGGAGUUUCCUGAUGAGGUCCUGCGGUUUGUACGUUCUCAUCCUGCAAUGUAUCGUCCAGUCCUUCCCCAGCACCAUAGACCCGUCCUGCUGCAGACAGAACCGGGCAGAAGAAAGCUGACACAGAUAGCAGUGGACAGAGUACAAGCCCAGGACGGACACUACCACGUUCUCUACGUCGGCACUGAUGACUCUAUGGUGCUGAAAGUUAUCACCAUCUACAACAAAGACACAGACACUAUGGAGGAGGUGCUGCUGGAGGAGAUGCAAGUGUUCAAGGUGCCGGCACCGAUAAAAGAGAUCAUAAUAUCACCCAAAAGGCAACAGCUGUACGUGGGGUCAGAAGUGGGUGUGGCCCAGAUCAGACUGCAUCAGUGUGACCUCUAUGGUUCAGAGUGUGCUGAUUGUUGCCUGGCUAGAGAUCCCUACUGCGCCUGGGAUGGACUCACCUGCUCCAGAUUCUACCCAGCUGGAGUCUACACCAAGAGACGAUUCAGGCGGCAGGAUGUUCGCCAUGGCAACGCCGUCCAGCUGUGCAACGGGCUGCAAAUUGAUGAUGAAAAAUGGCAGAGAGCCGGGGAGAGGCCGGUGUACAGUGUGGAGAGCAACAGCACUUUACUGGAAUGUGUUCCCCGGUCGCUGCAAGCCAAAGUCCUCUGGUUCGUACAGAAAGGCGGAGAGAAACACGAGGUUCGAGGCGACGAGCGGGUAAUCAUGAUCUCCCACGGGUUGUUGUUCCUGCAUGUGAGGAGCUCAGAUGCUGGCGUGUACGUGUGCCAGACUGUGGAACACGGAUAUGUGCACACAUUAUUGCGUAUCACUCUACACGUGCUCAAAGGGGAGAGGGUGGAGUCAGCGAUCCACGCGGCUGCCGACGGGGAGGGAGAAAAGGCUGCAGCUCCAUUUCACUCGUCCGUGAGCCUCCCACCGGGGCCCAGCAUCAGCCCCAGAUCUCUGGUGCCGUCCGCAGCCUCGGGCUCACACACCAGGCUGUGGUACAAGGAGUUCCUGCAGCUGAUUGGCUACGGGGACGCUCAGAGAGUAGAGGAGUACUGUGAGCGAGUGUGGUGCUCUGAUAAGAAGCGCAAAAAGACCAAAAGAAGGUAUGUUCCUCUGGGUGGCGAGAAGAGAGGAAGAGGGAGGGGAGACGACAACUCCCACAGAGCUCCAAGGCACGCUUUGGACACCUGAAGAGAACAGAGACUAACUGCACAUACCACACUGUACAUACCACGCACACACACACACACACACACACACACACACACACACACACACACACACACACACACACACACCCUCUAAAGGUCAGAGCAACUCGGUGUUUGUACCAUUUAAAAGGUUUUCACUUUUCUUUCAGCAGGAGCAGAAACAGAAAGAACAAAAAACACAUAACAUCUGUAACCGACUGGCGCACACAUUUACCCUGUUGUGAUUUUGAAAAUUCAACAAUUUCUUCUGUGAGUGGAAUCUCAUUAUUUGGUUUUAACACCACAACAUCAGUGCCAGUACAGAGGAAAGGCCCCAGGGACAGAUGGAAACAGCAGAUUAGAAAUCAUCGCCCCUGGUUUAAAGAGAUAAUAUAUCACCUCCCUGUCAACUGACCAAGCACAACACAGCUGUCAAUCAAAACACGCACAGAGACUGCUUCAGUCAUUUUCUGCUCCGCCUCUAAUUCAACGACAAAGUGUGACACAUUCUGUAUCUAGAACAAGAGAAAACAACUAUGUUAAAGCUAGUCUGCUUCUUAUAUAAAUAUAUAUAAAUAUAUGUAUUUUUUGGUACUAUUGUAACUUAUUUUCUUGGUUAGUACUUUGAGUUCUGUAACUGUUUAGAUGUCAUGAACUGGAAAAUACAUUGUAGUGUUGUUGUUUUUGUACAGUGGAACAAUGCGUUGAGCAUUACGAUACUACUAAUUGAAUUAUAUUGCGGUCAUGGCUGUACGGUGCGUGGUCACAAAUGCCACAAUGCAAGAUGUGGAGAUGGUGGAAUGCCACUAUGGAUGUUUGACACAUGUUUUAAGUAUAGUUAUGCCCACAAAGAAAAUGAAUACUAUUUAAGCACUUGUAAAAAAACAAAAAAAAACAAAAAAACUAAUUGAAAAAAAUCAUGUCACAGUAGAUGAGAAGAGGUCAUAUCAGUAGAUAUUAUCGUUACUAUGUCUACAUUUGCAUCUACAAUUGUGAUAAAAUGUACCGAAAGUAUUGUGUGUGAUGCAUAUUGUAUUUAUCUAAAAUCCUGGUAGGUCUGCGUGUGCACAUCGGGUAAUUCUAACGUGUUCAAAAAGUAAUCCGUCUCCACUGGCUGCUCCCUUUUAAGCCGCCUUUCUCUUUUUUGUUGCUCUUUCCUCUCUUUCCUCAUCCCUUCACUUUUUUAUGUUUUGUUUCUCUGCGGUGUCAUUGCAGAUGACAUACUUAAUUACCACUACAAACAACAAUGUAAAACGCCACAUUUCCCUGACAAUUACAUGUUGCGGUGACCAUCGAUGCAUGUCACUAGCAACACUGAUGACUCUGUCUUUCGAAUGACAGGAACAAACAAUAAGAUGUUACAGGGGAACGCACUGUACUGGAUGGGCUAAUUAUUCUAAUAUUCUGGAGUGCCAUGUCUUUUUUCAUGUUGUGAAUUAUUUAUUUAUUAAGUUUGUCACUUUAUAUUUCACCCAGUCAUUUGUAGGCAAUUCAUAAUGUAGUGAAAAGAACCACUUGCUCUCUGUCAGGGCCCUGUAUUGUCAGACCUGGGAUGAACACGUUGUGUCAGCUAUUCCCCGUAUAACUACCUGCCAAUAAAAAGAAAAAGGUGGACCAUC